AUGAAUGUUACCACGAUUAGACUGAUGUCAGGUCGUCACCGAUUAAGCCACGAGGACGCACGCGCCUCCCGCGGCCUUGAUCUUCCUCUCAGCGAGCUUGCUGAAGAACCUGGCCUUCACAACGAGGGGCUUCUGGGGCAUCUUUCCGGUUCCCAGCACCUUGAAGUAGCCCUUCUGCACGAGGUCCAGCACUGGGGCCUUGCCGGGCUCCUGGGCGACGGCCUCAACGUCCUCCUUGGGGACCAUGGACCACAGGUUCUCGACGUUGACGCUCCUGCAGUAGAAGCGGUUCUUGAUCUUGUGGAAGUACCUCAUACCGACCUGCGUGUGAUGGCUACGUCGCGUGCUCGCACCUUACCUUUCCGAAGUAACCAGGGUGGAACUUGUCGAAAAGAAUACGGUGGUGGCUCUGACCACCGGCCUUACCACGACCACCGGGAUGCUUACGAUGCUUGCCAACCCUUCCGUGACCGUGGGACACGUGGCCCCUGA